CGGAGUGGUUUUCACCUUAGACAUGCAACAGACGCGCAGCAGAUCUAGACGCGCCGAUGGAUCCUAUCGGAAAAUUCGUCACGGACUGUUUGAGCGAUCUGCUCCAUCUUCUUGCCUCGUUCCUCCCCUUCCACCGCCGCGCUAAACCCUCGUCGCCCGUAGCACCAAGCGGCGGCGCCCCACCCCCCUAUCCCUAUGAGAGCCGCGAGCGCCCGAUUCCGCGGAGAAGGUCGGCAAUGGCGUCCUCCGGAGCCGGCGGGAAGUCCUCGAGGUCCGCCAUCGUGGCCGACACGGCCAGCGGGCACCACCUCCUAACCAUCCACGGCUACUCCUGCACCAACGUUCCCACCGGACAGAAGAUCAGUUCCCAGCCCUUCCAACUCGGCGGCCACCGCUGGCGGAUCGACUACUACCCCAACGGCAUAACCUCAGCGGUCGCGGAUUACGUCUCCCUCUCCCUAAUCCUCGCUGAAGAUGUCAAGGCGGCGGUGAACGCCAAGCACAGCUUCUGCCUAGCCGGGGAGCCGGAGCAAAGGCAAGUCGGGCGGCUAAGGUCCGCGCCGGUGGUCACAUACUCGUCCAGGGGGUGUUGCUUCUUCAACCGCUACUCCACCUUCAUCAGAAGGGAGGACCUGCUCAAGUCCAAGAACCUAAAGAACGACUCGUUCACCGUCCGGUGUGAUAUCGUCGUCGUCCAUGGUUACCGCGCCGAGGAGGCUUACGUCUCUGUGCCCCCAUGCGACCUGCGGAGGGACCUUGGCAAGCUCCUUGAGACCGAGAAAGGCACCGACGUGGUGUUCGAGGUUGAUGGCGAGACCGUCGCGGCGCACCGGUGUGUGCUCGCGGCCCGCUCUCCGGUCUUUGCAGCUGAGCUCUUCGGACCAAUGAAGGAGGGCAAGGCCGACGAAGGCGGCAUCGUGCGUGUGGAAGACAUGAAUGUGGAGGUGUUCAAGGCGCUGCUCUGUUUCGCGUACACAGGAUCGUUGCCUGAGAUGCACAAGGAAGAGGAAGACGUCACCUGCCAGCAUCUGCUCGUCGUGGCUGACAGGUUUGACAUGGGGCGGCUGAAGCUGAUAUGUGAGGAGAAGCUGUGUGGGUACAUCGACGUAGGCACGGUGGCAACUAUCCUUACGGUGGCUGAGCAGCAUCACUGUGAGGGGCUGAAGAAGGCGUGCUUCGAUUUUCUUGCCGCUCCGACAAAUCUGAGGGCCGCCUUGGCCAGUGACGGCUUACAACAUCUGAGUGCGAGCAGCCCGUCUCUUAUGGCUGAGCUCAUGACCAGGUCCUUGCAGCAUUAGCUGAGUGAUCGAUGUCGACUGGUAAUGAGCUAGCUGUCUUAGACUAACCGGGAAGUGCAUUUGUAAUCAGUGGGCAUAGAGUGCUCAGAUUUUUGGCAACGGUAACUCAUGGGUUCAGGUUUAUUGUCAUCAGAUAUUUCGCUUGUUUUAGCAUCAAUCUUGCAUGGUUUCUGAAUGUCAUGGCUUCAGGUCUUUGUCAUCAGAUAUUGCGUCGGUUUUGCAUUGGAUGUUUCUUUACCUAAUUGGCUUAUGUUAUUAUCACUUA